AGUAGACAGAGAGAGGAUUAAGGGGAGCAUCGCAAAUAACAUAGGGGGUCGGGAGCAGAGAAGAAGAAGAAGAAAGGAAGGCGAAAAUGGGAGGAGGAAUGGAGGCAAACAAGAACAGGUUCGUGGAGGAGUGGGGCGCCGCCAGAGAGAAUCUGGAGCACAACUUCCGCUGGACUCGCCGCAACUUCGCCCUCAUCGGCAUCUUCGGCAUCGCUAUCCCCGUCUUAGUCUACAAGGGCAUCGUCCGAGAAUUCCAUAUGCAAGAUGAGGAUGCAGGCAGACCAUACAGGAAGUUUCUGUGAACUGAGACAAUGCUUCGCAAAUAACUGUGCGACUAGUCAUAGAAGGUUCUCUACGGGACCACAAAUUUCAUCUCCUUGUAUGGGAAAGUAUUUCCUUUGUUAAUGUCACUGCUCAUCAAACAUAAUGUUAUGAGAGUUUGUAUUUUAUUUUGGGUUGUAUCUUUUCCAGUAGGAAUACUGUGCAAUCAAUGGCAAACUUCUGCUUUUACUAUA